AUGUCCACUAUGGAUGGACUUCCUGAGGGCUUGCUUUCGACUACAAAGACUCUCCCGUCCUCAUUUGAUGAUUCGAUGCCAGUGCAUGUUCAAUACGUUACACUUUUAUGGAAAGCCUACAGUGUCAAGCCCUCAGCGCUUGAAGGCAUCAUUGGACACCGAUUGGCGAACUUCUUUUGGAGGAUCUGGAGCAAUGAAUGCCUUCGCAUCUCUCUUCCUGGCGCGACUGUGGCCAAGUUGUUUAUGCGCAUCUCUGAGUCUACCGCUUCAAAAGUGAGCGAGGUUCCAUCGAACACAAAUCCAUCUCUGAGGAAGAACAAGAGCGAGGGGAAGUUACCAGAGCGUCUCAACAACCACGCAGCUUAUAGAAAGCCUCUGCAGUCCAUUUUGAAGAAACCCAAUGCCGUUCCGAAAGAAACACCUAAAACGACCCGUUGGCUCAUAACAGUUGACAAUGAUGAUGACAGUACUGGGGAAGCAGUAAACUCCGCAACUCCAGCAGCUAUCACCUCCGCGACAGAUGCAUCUACUUCUCGCCAUAGUCACAGGAAGACUCAAUUUGUCGCCGGUAAGACGGUAAGGAGCUGGAAGCGUCGGCCUGUCAUCCUCCGUCGCAAGUUUUCUCAGUCGACGUCUGGUGUCAAGUCCACUCAGACUCAAAGCCCGCAGUAUGGAGUGCCCACAGAGAGAACAGACAAGACAGAGGAAUAUGUCGAGCCCGAGAUACACUUGCCGGAGCGAGAAGUUACUCGCAGCCCAUCUCCGGAACCGAAAGAACAGCCUGAGCUGCCACCGAUUUUUCUGGCCAACCUAAAACUCCUCCUCAAGCUCAGGCCGCGAACAGCGACCUACAAAACCGCACCUCUCACCAUGGGCUUCCGGUCACAGAUUCCCAACAAGUUCCGCGACAUUCGCUACCUGUAUAUUGAAUACUACAAGCCACGGCCCCGAGCCAUCGUUCAUGCAGAGUUCCGAGCUGUCUUCCUGAAGAGAAUGUGGGAGGAACAGCUCUUUUUGGCCUCCUUCUUCGAGAAAAUGAAACAGCAGCAGCAGCAGCACGAAUCCUUCGGUAGCGAGGGAACCAGCCUUAGUACGACAUUUGAGUCGUCAACCUUUAGCAACUCAAACGGCAAUGCUUCAACAGCGCCCACAUCCGUCGACGUGUCGACGACAAGCGAGCACAACGCCAACGGGGCAGAGUCCAAUGGCAGCUUCCUUAUCAGCGCGGGAGAAAUACCUAGAUCUUUCUUUCAUCAUACGCCCUCGCCGCUAAACCGGCUGGAGAGCCUGCUUGGUAUCGAGAUUGAAGAGCGCCGUAGGAAUGGGACGCUCGUAUACGAAGAGAUUGAUCCUGAGGAAGAGAACUUGGGACCCGUGAAGUUGCCCCGGUGUUAUUAUGACACGCUCAGUGAAUGGGACUAUCACGACUAA